UUGGUUCUGGCAGGGGAGGGAGUGCACCACAAUGACAUCCGUGAGUGGAUCUGCUGCACUGAAGCCUUCCAAGUCAAUGAAAAGGUAUAAAAGUGUCAGGAGGAAAGCCAGCAUCUACAGAGUUCCACCUCACAGCAACUCGGAUGAAGAUGAUGACGAUGCAGAUGGCAAGGAAGAAAAUAAUGACCCUGAAACUAUCUUCCAGAAUAUACAGAUUCAGAAAGAAAUUGUGGCAAAUAUCAGGUGCAGACCCUGGGCAAUGAGACAAAAGCUACGCUCGCUCAGACAAGCUAAAGAAAUUGUCUUAAAGUACGAAGGGAGAUUAACGAGAACUCGGGGGUACCAAGCGGCUGGAGCAGAGCUUUGGAGAAAACUUCUUCGGGUUUUAUAUAACUUUGCUGUCCUUUUUAUUCCUUGGGAAAUGAGGAUAAAGAAGAUAGAGAGCCACUUUGGAUCUGGGGUUGCCUCUUACUUUAUAUUUUUGAGAUGGCUUUUUGGGAUAAACAUUGUCCUUACAAUCAUGACUGGGGCAUUUGUUGUUAUUCCUGAGAUCCUUGCUGGUGCCCCCUUUGGAAGCACUGUCAACAAGAAAAUUCCAGAUAAGGAAUUUUCGUCAGCCCAGGAUCUCAACACCAUCUGGUCACUGGGGGGUUACCUGCAAUACUCUGUUUUAUUUUAUGGCUAUUAUGGGCGCGAAAGAAAAAUAGGGAGAGCCGGGUACCGCCUUCCACUGGCGUAUUUUCUUGUUGGAAUGGCUGUCUUUGCCUACAGUUUCAUCACACUUUUAAGAAAGAUGGCCAAGAACUCUAGAUUGAGCAUGGCAAGUGCCUCAGAUGAGAACUAUACCUUCUGCUGGAAAAUCUUCUGUGCUUGGGAUUAUCUCAUUGGGAAUCCAGAGGCAUCUGAGAGCAAGACAGCUGCAAUAGUCAACAGCAUUCGAGAAGCAAUUUUAGAAGAACAAGAGAAACAUAGAAGUAAAAAUCUAGCGGUUACAAUAAGCCUCAGGAUUCUCGCAAAUAUCCUCGUUCUCCUCUCUCUGGCUGGCAGUAUUUACAUUAUUUAUUUUGUGGUGGACAGAUCCCAAAAGUUGGAAAGAACAAAAAUAGAACUGAGUCUCUGGGAAAAAAAUGAGGUAAGCGUUGUUGUCUCUUUAAUCACUAUGAUUGCCCCUUCUGCCUUUGAGCUUGUGGCUGCCUUAGAGAUGUAUCACCCAAGGACUACUUUACGAUUUCAGCUGGCAAGGGUGCUUGUGUUAUAUCUUGGUAAUCUCUACAGCUUAAUAAUUGCCCUGCUGGACAAAGUGAACAGCAUGAGUAACAGUACAAAUGACACCUCCACAGGCUUGGCCCCUCUCUAUGCCACAGCUGCAUUCACCAUGUCAUCUACAGCUGCUCCUGACUGGGACCUGAACAGAACCUCAACCCUUGCUUUAGAUAUGGAUCUGAACAUAACAAACAUGGCAAAAUCAAUGUCACCAGUCAACUGGACAUCCCCUGUUGCCUCAGUCACCCUUGUUGCCAAAAAUGAGUGUUGGGAAACCUAUGUUGGACAGGAAAUGCUGAAGUUAUCAAUUAUCGACAUGAUCUUUACAGUAGCGAGUAUACUCCUUAUUGAUUUCUUUCGGGGACUUAUUGUGAGGUAUUUGAGUGAUUGCUGUUGCUGGGAUCUGGAGAGCAAAUUUCCAGAAUAUGGGGAAUUCAAAAUUGCUGAAAAUGUCCUGCAUCUCGUCUACAAUCAAGGAAUGAUUUGGAUGGGUGCUUUUUUUUCCCCGUGCCUUCCAGCAUUCAAUGUUUUCAAAUUGAUAGGGUUGAUGUAUUUGAGAAGCUGGGCAGUACUGACAUGCAAUGUUCCACAUCAGCAAGUUUUCAGAGCAUCAAGAUCGAAUAACUUUUAUUUGGCUAUGUUAUUGUUCAUGCUGUUCCUGUGUAUGCUGCCAACAGUCUUCGCUAUAGUAAGAUAUAAGCCAUCUGUAAACUGUGGACCAUUUAGUGGACAAGAGAAGAUUUAUGAUAUUAUUUCAGAGACCAUAAAGACAGAUUUUCCAGCAUGGUUUAACAAAGUUAUGAGUUAUGUCAGCAGCCCAGUUGUGGUCCUUCCUGCAUUACUGCUUCUUUUUAUGUUAAUUUACUACCUUCAGAGUAUUGCAAGAUCACUGAAAUUCACUAACAAUCAGCUAAGAACACAGCUACAAACCGAAAGAAUUGAGGACAAAAAGAAAGUUUUCCAAAUGGCUAUAGCCCGACUCCAGAAUAAAGAUGGAUGUGAAAAAAAAACAGAACCAGACAGCGAUAUAAUCAGUCAGGAGUCAUCUGCACGUUCAUCAACCCCAAGAAAGAAUGGCAGCGUGGUGAAUUUUGAAUCCCCUGUGAGCAAAGGCAGUAGGAUACAGACAAUUUCACAGUCAGCAUCACGUGUGGAUGUUCCUCAAGCAGAAAGUCUAAUUCAUAGUCCUUCUAUAUCUGGUAUGCCAAAACAAAGAACAGAGCAUGUUUCAACCAGGCCCUCAAGUAUCAAGCAGAGUGGAGUCCGUGAUGUUGAUCGCACAAACUACAAACCAAUAUUACAUAAAAAGCAAGAUCACAAUGUUUUCUCUGAGCCGCUGUUCAGAAAAGGAAUAAAGCAAAGUAGCCCUGAUCAUCAUGGAGCCGGAGCACCAAGUUUUGUAGCCAAAAGGCCCCCCACAAGAUAUUUUAUUGUCAAUGAACAAGAUUCUCGCAUGAAGCUUUGUUCAACUUCAAAGUUACCAAGACAUUUCAGAAUGGAAGAGUCUGGAGACAUUGUGGAGCUAUACCCAAGGAAUAUCAGAAGAUAUGUUGUUCAACACCCCCGUCGACCUUACUCACCUUAUUUAAGUGAGGAUGAAGAAGAUGACUUGCACAGGGUUCUAAUGCGUAAGUCUAAUAGGCCUCAUUCAAUGUCAGAUCUUAGACAUCCACCUCGAUUCUAUAUUGGGGAUCGUACAGACAAUCAGAUGUUAUCUGGCAGAGAUGUAGCUAAAAUGCAAUAUAAAUCAUGGGAAGGCAGCUUCCUUGAUGGAGAAAAACUACAUAAUCGCAAAAAGAUACAUCAUAAAAACAUAGACCUUGCUGAGCACUUUGUGGAACGCCACCGAAAAGUAAAAUCAAAACACAAGCUUGAACCAUGCCUAACUGAGUCCGAUUCUGUCUCCAAUACAUCCAGUAGUGAUCAACAAAACAGCAGCACAGAUCAGUACAUACAGGUUAUCCAUAAUAAAGACAAAUUUAUAAAAAACAGUGGAAAGCUAACUCGAAAGAAGGCAAAAACUACUGUUGACUUAAAUGGUUCCCCACUGAAUGAUCUGAUUUGUUCAAAUGUCUAAGACGGAUAAGGUCAAUGUUAAAUUUAACUUUGUAUCAUACUGUAUAAACAUUAAUGUCUGUAACAUUUAACUGGAAUUUUUUUUUAAGUUUUGAUUAAAUUAUGUUGGUUCAUAAUAAUGAUUUACUUUAACCCAUCACAGCCAGAACUGCUAGAUUACAGUAUAUGGAUUCUUAAACUGGCCAUACAAAGGUUAAUAAAGCUGCCCACUUAGUCCUUCUACACCGAGACAGAAGAACCAAUGGGCAUGCCAGACAGAUAUCUGGCAGGAAGUUUGCUGGAUAUCAAUUGCCAGAAAUAAGAAUUCCCUCAGCUAAGGAGUGCAUUAGCAAGUUGACACCAUCCUAGUCUGACGAGUCCCCAUAGGCCCCUUUGUAUGAUCCAACCAUUGGCUCGGAUCGGAUCAUUCCAAUUUGGUGGCCAAAUCAGCCCCAGAUCCACUGAGUUGGUGACCUUGCAGGUGAUGACUGACUGUAUAUGUGAUAUACAACUUACAAGUACUGUAGUCAUAUGGGCACAUUAUAAAAGGGUAAAAAAAAACAUAAUUUUUGCCAAAUAAUAAUAAAUCCCAUUAUAUUUCAGUUUCUCUUUAGUAUCGGCAUAUAGCUUAAGUUAUAAACAUGACAUUCCUGUACAUUUGACUUUAUACCUAAAAAGUGGGAUUUAUUGUAUUGUUUGCGUCUGCUGAAACAUUGCUCAAAAAUAUAUUUAAUGCAAGUAUCAUGGCAGCUAAUGGUAUGACUGCACAAAAUAAAAUAUGCUUUUAUACUGUACUUUCUAUGGGUAAAUAAAAGAAUAGAUUAUGACAUGCAACAGCAAUUUUGCACACAACAAAAAAUAUGGUUUUAUAUUCUGUGGUAUUGGAUUAAAUAAAAGGGAUAUUAAAAACCCUUCAUGUAGGUACAAUCAUUUUAUAAAUGUCAUUUCUUUCUUUAUUUUCCUUUCUUUAAAUCAUUAAAAUGAACAAAAAAAGCUCAAUCUCCAUGCACAUAAGGAACCAAACUAGAAAUGGGUCUUCCUUGAAUUUUACAGUAUAUUAGAUUCUCGGACAUUUGGCUACAGCAUUAAAUGCAAAAGGAUUAAAAGAUUUUUAUGGUAUGUCCACACACACACAAUAUUACCCAAAUAAAACCUUUCUGAUAUACUAACAGUAUUUCAAUGAGAAAGACAAGAAAAUACAUUUCUCCAGUUUUACACUGUCAAUUAAUGCAAUUUAUUACUUCAAAUUAUCACAAAUCAGUUUUAGUGAACCAGAAAGGUACUCUCUAUAAUGGUGUAAAUUUUUAAUACCAUAAAUUAAUUGAUUUCGCUUAAGAAUAAAAGAUGUCUAAUUAUCCAACAACUUUACUGGACUAGGGUAGAUUAAUUAAUUUUACUAUAAUUGUAUAAACAAAUAAAUAAGGUUGAGGAGACUGCCUCAUACAGACAAAAGCAAACAAAAGG